CUUGUGGCUCCUCUACUCGAGCACAUGAUCACAGAUGACGUCGAACGUCGCUUCACAGCUUUCGAGGCUCUGCAGUUCUGCGAUGAUAUUAAAUCAAGAGCGACAGAAGAAGAUCUCACCAAAUCUAUUCCUCCACAUAACUAUGAUCGUCCGCUCCAAGUCCCGUGGAGUUCACUUCCUCCAGACUUCGUAGCCCAGUGGUCACUCUGGCGCAACCCGCCUCCAACGUAUCUGACGCGUCUGCUUCGUUGGGCCGAUGCAUUUGACUGGGGACACUUGAUCAUCCAAUCCUUCCGACAAGCUUUUCGUUACCUUGCAGGCUCGAGGCCGGCAUAUAUCAUGGGCCACUGGGAUUAUAUGAAAUGA